AUGAGUCUUCCGUCUGAUCUUUUGGCCUACAUCAGUCCGGUCGUAUAUCUCAUAAAACUUGCACUCUUGCGAUGCAAAUUUGAGAUUGAUCCACAUGGGGACCUGUCAAUGGGAGAGUUGAUUGGCAUGUACCGAAAUCAUUGCGCAACUGAGUCUCAUGAUAAAGUAUAUGCUUUGCUAGGUCUGGCUCAGAGUGAUGAUACUAGUUCAUCUGAUUUGCUGCCAAAUUAUGGAAUGCCAUGGCAUGAGGUUUUCAGAAACGUUACAAAACACAUCUUUCCUGGGAGCUCUGUUCAGACAUGGGUGGAUACAGAUUUUGCUGUCAUCAAAGGCAAGGGAUGGAUCCUAGGCUACAUUCAUGAAAUUGAAAAGCGAGAACUUUUAAACGGCCAACAAAGGUUUUCGGUCGACUUCACGGCAACCGCCAGGGUCCUCGGUUAUAAGAGAGAGUGGGCGUUCGAAUGGGAGCUACAAACAGGAGGAGAGGGGAUCAAGGAGGGCGACAUCAUCUGUCUUUUGCAAGGUGGAUCAAUGCCUAGCAUUAUCAGACUAUGCAAUGAUCACUUCACGCUGGUUUUUCCAGCAGUGAGACCUCCAACGAGGGAUCAGACAAUAGCCCCAAGCACUCUGCUGCAAAAUCGUCGUGACCCAGGCGGGCUGCAUGAAGUCCUUCUGGUGUUGAGGAUACCGGUAACUGGAGAUCAGGCAGAGCUGGAAUCUUCACUAAAGCUUUUGGAGAAGGUACCAAACUACCUGGAAUCGCAACUGGAAAUCGAGGUCAGGCUCGAUCAAAUAGCCUCCAUGGUGUUGGACAUUGCUACACGGGGCCAAAAGAAGAAAAAUGACACCAGCUCGUACAGAGCAGCGAUAAGGAACAAUGUUCUUAACCGGGGAAAUGAAAUGCCAAUCGUUGACUUACUUGAAGUCACAACCAGAGAUGAUGCACGUUGUGGAAGUGCUAUGAUCGAACUGCUCAGCCAAUAUCAAGCUGAAAGUCGCCUCAUCUCAGAAGAGGUUGUUAUGAGAGCUGCAGAAAUCACAGAUUAUGGAGGGUAUGGUGCAUUUGAAUUACUGUUCCAAAUUCAACAUGACACUAUUCCAGUUUCUGAGGAUGUGGUCAAGGCCGUUGCGACAAAUACUGGAGAUGAUGCCUAUCUCGCCAUGGAACUGCUCUUCCAACAUCGAGGAGAGGCCCUACCAAUUUCUGAGGAUGUUGUCAAAGCAGCUGCUCAAAACACGGGGCAGUCUGGAUAUAAAAUCAUGAGGCUUCUCUUACAACAUCGAGGGGACAGCCUCCCAAUAUCUGAAGAUGUGGUUAUGGCGGUUGCAGAGAAUUUUGGUUAUAAUCGUGGGUUUGGCCACAGUUCAGGCGCGAUUAUGGAGGUUCUGCUCCAAUACCGAGGCGAAGGCCUUCCAAUCUCUGUGGAUGUGUUGAACCUACUCAUACGGUAUAGAGGUCAACACGGAUGUGACAUGAUAACGCUUCUGACUAAGUACCAAACAGAUGGUCGUUUUGUCACUGAAUCCGUGGUUAAGACUGUUUUAAUGAAUAUCGGAGACGAUGUGCAUCAAACCAUGGAGGCUCUUCUCCAAUAUCACGGCAAAGCGCUUCCAGUAUCCGAAGAUAUGAUCCGGUUGGCUAUCGAAAACGAUGGAUACCGCACUGCUGAGAUCUUAGAUAUCAUGUACCAAGGCCGAGGAAACAGUCUCCAAAUUUCCGAGGAUAUGGUCAUAGUGGCGGCAAAGAAUACCAACACCAGCGAUAAAGUCAUUGACGUACUUCUAACGCAUCAAAAGGAGAGCCUUCCAAUUUCUGAGAAUGUGGUUAAGGCCGUAGUGAUGAAUACUGGACAUUGUGUUUAUCGAACCAUGGAGCUACUCUUUCAGCACCGAAAAGGUCUUCCAAUCUCCGAAGAUGUGGUCAAAGGAGCUGCAGGAAAUACUGGACAUUAUGCUUCUCGAAACAUGGAACUACUCUUCCAACACUGCAAAAGUCUUCCAAUUUCUGAAAAUGUGGUCAAAUCAGCUGCGGAGAAUACUGGCAGAUGUGCGUCUGAGAUAAUGCGACUACUCUUUCAAAACCAAGAAGAUCUUCUGAUUUCUGAAGAUGUGGUCAAAGCAACUGUAACAAACAGUGGGAGCCACGCACAUGCAAUCAUGACAGUCCUCUUCCAACACCGAGGGGAAAGUCUUCCAGUUUCGGAAGAAGCGGUAAGAAUGGCUGCAGAAAAUGAAGUUUAUUCCAGUGAGAAGAUUCUGGAAGUACUUUUCCAACAUCGAGGAGAAUGUCUUCCAGUCUCUGAAAAUGUGGUGAAGGCAGCGGCGGGAAAUCGUGGACCCAAUGGGUAUGAGAUCAUGGAAUUACUCGUUCGACACCGAGGAGAGCAUCUUCCAGUCUCUAAUGAUGUGUUCAUGAUAGCGGCAGGAAAUGAUGGAGGUUAUGCAAAAAUGAUUAUGGAAAGCCUUCUUCAAACCCGAGGUAAAGGGUUCCCAGUUUGUGAACUUGAUGUAGUCAUGGCAGUUGUAAAGUCGACGGAUUCCAUGACAGAUCAAACUUUGGAAUUGCUCUUUCAACACCAAGGGAAGAGCCUUCCGAUCUCUGAGGAUGUGGUGAAGGUGGCUGCGGAAAAUACCAGGAUGGGGGGGUAA